AUGAAACCACAUCGCUUUGAUUUCUUACUCAUGGUUCUUCCCUAUGCUCCUCAGCUGGUGGAGUUGAAGAAUGGAGAGACGUAUAAUGGACACUUGAGGAUCCCAGAGUGUUACAUAUGAGGAAGCACCAUAAAGUACCUGCGUAUCCCUGAUGAAAUCAUCGACAUGGUGAAGGAGGAGGUGGUGUCCAAGGGCCGCGGGCGAGGGGGCAUGCAGCAAAACAAACAGCAGGGCAAGGGCCGAGGGGGAGGAGCAGGAGCAGGCAGAGGUGUGUUCGGUGGCCGUGGCCGGGAUAUGCCAGGUUUGGGCAGAGGCCAGCAGCAGCAGGAGAAGAAGCCUGGUGGUGAACCUCAGGGAGUCAAGAACCAGCACUGAGGAGAGGGACAGACAGGUUAGACGUAAGAGAUAAGUGUAGUUUUCACAGCAUAACAACACUGUCAGUCAGUGGAGGUCGUCUCACACAAUGGCUGGUAUAAUGGCCAUUACCGCUCCCUCUGUGCUAUGUUUCUAGCUAUGUGUGUUGUGUGAGUUUGACCUCCACUGUGAGAACUAUGAAUAGUCCGUUCAGGUCAGAAAAUGCAGGAUUUUGUUUUAUCUACAGAUUUGUUUCCCCUUCUUAAAGUUUUUGUUUAGUUAUCAAUUUGGGCCACCGUCAGAAACGUAUAAAUAUCGUCCAGAAGUAACUCAACAGUGACCCAAUUUGAGAAGUACCUUUUUUAAUUCAUAUUUUGUCAACGGUUUGUUUUAGUUUUAUUGUGCUUAGAGACAUUUACAUACAACUGAUUGUACCCAAUUGUUGCGUGACGAUUUAAACAUACUUCAGCCUGAGACUUCCAUCGUUGAAGUCGUUUGUGGUGACGUCAAAAUGAGGGGUGUUGUACAAAACAAAGUCCUUUUGGAUCAUCUCUAACCAAUCAGAGUAUCAAAGCCAAUGACUGAUUUUCAAAACGCUGCUUUACCCACAUGUGUUCUGGCUCUGGCCCAACCGGUUUCUGGUACCAAUCAGAACGGUUAGAAUGUGUUUGCGUUCUAGAAAUCGUCUGCGAGGUACUUAGAUCCAGAUUUGUAGAGUACCACAGUAUGAGUCAUAAUACCCAUAAAAUCUAGCAGUCA